CCCAGGGUCCCCGCCCACGGGCCGCCCUGUCCUCUCCCCCCGGCGCAGGCUGGGCUACGAGGGGCUGCCGGGUUGGGCCAAUGGAGGCGGCGCGGACGCUGUUUGCUUGGGGUGCAAACAGCUAUGGGCAGCUCGGCCUUGGUCAUAAAGAGGAUGUGCUGUUGCCUCAGUCUCUGAAAGAUUUUUCCUGGAAACAUCAAAACAUUAAGAGCAUUGCUGGAGGAGGAGGACACUCUGCAGUUAUUACUGGUGCAGGAGAACUCUUUGUAUGUGGCCAAAACAAAGAAGGACAAUUGGGACUCAAUCACACUGAGGAUGUCCUGUGUUUUACUUCAUGCACUGCACUGUCUAGUGUUUGUGUGAUACAAGUGGCCUGUGGUUGGGAUUUUACAAUCAUACUUACUGGAAAUGGCCAAGUUUUAUCCUGUGGGUCUAACUCUUUUGGACAACUAGGAGUCCCUCAAACUUCAGGAGGAUGUUUGAUCCCACAAAAGAUUGAGUCCCUCACAGAGAAGGUGGUGAAUGUUGCUGCGGGACUCAGACAUGCUCUUGCUGCUACAGAAAGCGGCAUGGUGUUCCAGUGGGGAACAGGCAUGGCUUCUCAGGCAAACCGGGCAAGCCAAGGGAAAAUGAUCCCAUCCUUCUUGACAGCAAAAGAACCUUGUAAAGUAGCAGGUCUGGAAGAUGCAAAGGUGAAAAAGGUCACUGCCAGCUCCUAUCAUUCAGUGUCACUUACAGAUGAAGGAGAAUUGUGUGUUUGGGGUAGCAACAAACAUGGGCAGCUAGUGAGUAAAGAGACUUUUCUUGUUGAGCCCCAGAAAAUAGAUGCUCAUUUUUUCUUGGGGGAAAAGAUUGGAGCGGUCUGGAGUGGAUGGACACAUGUAGUGGCACAAACAGAAACUGGCAGGGUCUUCACAUGGGGUAGAGCAGACUAUGGGCAGCUCGGAAGGAGUGCAGUUGUUCACGAUGGACAAAGACAGGAGGUGCAGAGAUCAUCUGAGCAGCAUUUGGAGCAGUUGUCUAAUGUGCCAGUUUCAGUGCCUUGCCUCGCUGGAGCAUCUCAGCUCCUUCUAGAUACCUUUAUUACUACAGGGAUCGUGAAUUAUAUUGGCACCCAUUAUCUCUCCAGCAACAGUUGACAUGCUUCAGGUGGGUCUCUUCCCUUUCAUUGAGGUUGCAUAUGUUUCCUCUUCAGUCUUUGUUACUAAAAAAGGAGCUGGGGCUUGUCUGAAAUCUUCCUCUGGUAUUACUGGGCUAAAACUGUAAUAACUCUGAUACUGUUUGAAAAAUCUGGACCUACUCCUCCAAUCUAUUUAUUUGUACCAUAAAAAUCUGAUAUGCUGUGCUGCAUAUGUACUGGAGGCUUAUAAACUCUUUUGAAUAAAAUGCUUCUACUUGCUUUAAUACAAUCCUUCUUUCUUGGCUUCAUUUAUUUUUUAUGUUCGAUACUAUAUGUUCAGGGGAAAAAUGACUGGGAAACAUAAAGGAAGACAGUUGGACGUGCAAGCAAAUUAGUUUUAUGUUAACGCUACCAAAAAUGAAUCUAUGAAUUCCAGAUUUGCUCUCCAGCUAAGCUAUUUUAUUGUCAUUCAUUCAGUUACAAUGUACCUGAACAGUGAUCUGAAAUAUAAAUUUCAUUUUAAAUUGGGUAAUAAAAUUUAUUGUCUGUCAAAGGUAGCAGUUACAAUACACUAAGCAACAAUGCAAAUACAGUUGAGAAUGUCUGCAUUGUUGCCAGUCAAUUUUUCUAUAAUUGUUAUAACUGAGGGGGAAUUUUGGCACUGACACUACUGUUUUUCUUUGAUGAUAGAGGAUCUAUGCUUGAACAUCUUACAUUUUGGUAAAUGGGUAGGAGUCUCAACCCAUUCUACAUGCAGCACAAGCCUCCUAGAUGAACCGCUGCAUACGUUUGCUCUUAUUUUUAAUCUACAGUUCUGAUGCCAGACUGUAAUCAAAACAUAAACCUUCGCAUGAGCUUCCUCCUGAGCUGUCUU